AUGCAACCCGCCAGUAUCCAUAUGACUCAGGGUCUACCAGAGGCUUCUGGUGCAUUGACGCUAAACGAUGAUGUUCUGCUACAUCUGUUUAGGCUCUGUCAUGACACAAACGCGCCACACGCGGUGUGCUGGGAGGCGACAAGCCGCCGCAUGAAGUACGACUUAGGAUGGGUGUAUCUCACACAUGUCUGUUCUUUAUGGAGACAACUUCUUCUCGCUGCACCCUACCUGUGGAACGAUCUGGUCUGCGUCUUACCCCCGGCGGCUGACGUGACUGUCGGCCGGGCACAAGAGUGUCCUCUAAUCAUCGACGAUGAAGUGGGAUUACCUUCGGAUAUGCCCCAGGAAGACGCGUAUGCCUUCAGGGAGUGCAGCAUCCAGGGUGUCAUUUCAUCUCCAUAUCUUUCACGCGCAAGAUACCUCUCUCAGCGCAUGGCUGGUGGCAACUGGGCAGACGUCUUCGCUAACACCAACUUUCCCCACCUGCGGGACCUCAAUGUCGUCCAACUACCACCAUACCCUCGCGAUAUCACCUGCAUUGAUGCACCUCACCUACAAUCCGUCGGUCUCAAUCACAUCCCUGCAACUUUCACUGCGACGGAUAUCCGUGAACUCUCUGUCGUUGGUGGAGACGAACUGUUACUUGGGUCCGCCUGGCGACUUAAAGAAACUUUGGCCGCACUGCCCUGUCUGGAACAGUUGUCCUUGAUACUCUUCCCAAGGCAAUACAUAGAGUGGUCAGGCUCAGAUGAACCUCGCGCUUUUUUGAAGCAAUUGCUGUUUAUUCGAUUCAUUGGGACUCAAGAGGCGAACAUGGCAUCUCUAUGGCAUCACAUUAAUUGCCCUCGCAGCGCCGUGCUUCACGCUCACCUCAUCGACUGGCGCGAUGAAGGCUGGAGACCUUUUGUAAACACCUUCGUACCCCAUUUGACGGGCAGGAGCGAGUGCCGUGUGCUUGAGAUCAUGUUGUCGCCGCUUGAUGAUGAUGUGUACCAACUGGCACUAUCCACCUUUUACGCCGUCACCGACGAGGAACCCAUCUCCCACAUUGCGCUCAAAAUCAAGAAGGCCGAUAUCUUGGUAGCGAGACUCAUGAUCUCGGCCUUCACCUCGCACCUCGCACAGGCCUUUGACGCUCUGCGGGUACAUCUUGAGCUCGACGAUCAGUCUGAACACGCGUCCCUUUGGGAAUCCUUCGGUGGGUUCUCAUCCAUCACACACGUCAAGUCCUUCCAGCUUGGUACCCUGAACAACCUCCUGGCCAUCCCCGCGACUUCACAUGGUCUCGCAACAGCCGUGCCUCGCUUCCCCUCGCUCGACACCAUAACCGUAGCCUGCAAUCUCCGCGGGGCGCAUACCCUCGAGGCAGUUCAAGAGCGUUGCGAAACAUUACUCGCAACGUUGCGUUCUCGACAUGAUUCGGGACACCCCAUUCUGACGAUAUAUCUCGUCGAAGGCCCGGCGUCUUGUACCGCAAAGUGUCCGGUGUCGUUGCGGGGUUCGAUAAACCUCUUCAGCGGACUUGUCCACGCCAUCGACAAGAGGAUCCAAUUGUAUUCACGGUUCAAUGCGGAGAGAUAA